ACAUUCAUCAUCUCUAGGUAAAGUUCUUAUUAAGCUUCAGGAAAAUAGUGGCACCAUGAAGCUGCUUCUGCUCUCCUUGUCACUCAUUUGCUCAGCAUUUGCUAUACCUAAAAAACCAACAGGGAGGAUUGUCGACUGUGAUAGCCCAGAGGCCAAUGAUGCAGCCUUAGAAGCUCUUCACUACAUCAAUACUAAUCACCACCAUGGAUAUAAGUUUGUUGUCAACCAGGUGGAGGAAGUUCAUGUACAACCUGAGACAGCAAAUGGAGAAAUAUUCUACGUGGAACUCGACCUUCUGGAGUCAAAAUGUCCUUGGGUUAGUCCCACACCGGUUGAGAACUGUCCAGUGAGACCCAGAGAAGAACAGGCUGUGGAAGGUGAUUGUAAAGUUAAACUCCAGAAGCAAGGCGGCAAUUUUACUGUCCUUGGAGUAAGUUGCAAAUCUAAACCAGAUUCAGCUGAAAACGUGUUUCUGGCUUGUCCCACUUGUUCUUUACUGGCGCCUUUGAAUGAUACACAAGUGGUUCAUGCAGUUGAUGCAGCACUUCUUAAUUUCAACAAUGGGAAUAACACUGUGCACUUCAAGCUCCAUGAAAUUGGCCGUGCUCAGAUUCAGGGACCUGCCAACAUUAAAGCACAAGUUGAGUUUGUUAUUGCAGCAAGUAACUGCUCAAAGGAAGAGGCUAAUGCUGCUUUGGACAGCUGUGUGGCCCUGACGGGACAAGGUGCGUAUUAUGGCUCAUGUGCUGCCAGUGUAACCAAACUCCCAGGGGCACAGGAUGAAGAGAUUGAUGUGCAGUGUACUGUCUACGACCCACAGGUUGAUCAGACUGGAGUGCCAAGCAGUGGGGUGCCUGCCCAACCUUCAGUAGUUCAUGGGCAUUUUCAUCAUAAUCUACGCCAUUCCAGCCUUGGUCCUCACUCAUCAGAAUCCAACUCGGCUGAAAAGCUUCUUCAUCUGCACCACCCUAAGACUCCCACCAAGAGAUCACUGGGGAAAAAACAUGCAGACCCUAAUGCACUUGUCAGGCCUCUGUGUCCUGGCAAAAAGAAUUUCUUUUAACAUUACACAACAUCUGUACUACAAUACUGUAUAGGUGAUCUGGAAUUCGAAACAUGCCAUUGAUUAUGCCAAUUCUUACAAUUACAAUUAAUCCAAAUAUUUUAACAAGUUUUUCAUCUGAUCUAUAAAGCUUGUUCAUUGAUCCA